GAGUGCUGUAAAUAAUCCUAACAAUUUAACCCAACCCAACACUCCUAAACGCACCAAAACUCUCCCAACCGAAACACAAAUCCCCAUGAAGAUAUGCUCUUCACCUAUUUGCAUGUGAAAUCCCAUGUUUUUUUUAUUUUUUCCUUCCCCAAGAAAAUCACUGGGAAAGCGCGAGAAAAUAUGUAGCAGUAGCCAACAGCAUAUUUUCCUCUGCUCCUAGAAACCUUUCUCAUUUACACGAAAUCCAAUAUUGUAUGAAGUUCGUCUUUUAAGCUGAUACGGCCUCGUAUUAUUGUAAAAACAAUAAUGAGAAAAACCCAAGUUUGUUUGUUUGGAAAAUCACCUGGAAAAGAAGAGAAAACCAAGGAAGCUUUUUGCAUGUUGGGUAUAUAAUGCUUCGAUAUAUGGUUUCGAUAUAGAAAAGACCCAGAUUGUGUUUUGCUGGAAAGUAAGUGAGAAAGUGAGAGAAGAUGGCUGGCAAUGAGUGGAUUAAUGGGUACCUGGAGGCCAUACUGGACAGUGGGGCUCCGGGGAAAGAUGACCAGAAGCGGACGGCGGUGAAUCUGAGGGAGACGGGGCAUUUCAAUCCGACCAAAUACUUUGUGGAGGAGGUGGUGACGGGUGUAGAUGAGUCGGACCUGCACCGCACGUGGAUCAAGGUUGUCGCCACCCGCAACACCCGGGAGCGCAGCUCCAGACUCGAGAAUAUGUGCUGGCGCAUUUGGCACCUAACGCGCAAGAAGAAGCAGUUGGAAUGGGAGGAACUUCAACGUUUAGCAGACCGAAGAUGGGAGCGGGAACAAGGGCGCAAGGACGCAACGGAAGACAUGUCCGAGGACUUGUCAGAAGGAGAGAAGGGGGACAGUUUGGGGGAGAUAGUGCACUGCGAGACUCCCAGGAAAAGGUUCCUGCGUAACAUUUCGAACUUGGAAGUAUGGUCGGAUGAUAAAAAGGAAAAGAAGCUUUAUAUUGUUCUUAUCAGUUUGCAUGGUUUGGUCCGGGGAGAAAACAUGGAGCUUGGACGAGAUUCUGAUACCGGUGGACAGGUCAAAUAUGUGGUUGAGCUUUCUCGUGCCCUUGCAAGGAUGCCUGGGGUGUAUAGGGUAGACCUUUUUACCCGCCAAAUCUCAUCACCAGAGGUUGAUUGGAGUUAUGGGGAGCCAACAGAGAUGCUUACUGCUGGCCCCGAAUAUGGUGAUGGCAAUGAUGUUGGGGAGAGCAGUGGGGCAUAUAUCAUAAGGAUUCCAUUUGGUCCACGUGAUAAGUAUCUUCGAAAAGAAUUGCUUUGGCCCUAUAUUCAAGAAUUUGUAGAUGGAGCUCUGGCUCACAUUCUUAAUAUGUCAAAAGUUUUGGGUGAACAAAUUGGUCAAGGCCAGCCUGUGUGGCCAUAUGUGAUUCAUGGACAUUAUGCAGAUGCUGGUGAUAGUGCAGCUCUUCUUUCAGGAGCUUUAAAUGUCCCAAUGGUUCUGACAGGACACUCUCUUGGGAGAAACAAGCUUGAACAACUUCUUAAGCAGGGGCGUCAAUCGAAGGAGGACAUUAAUUCAACGUACAAGAUGAUGAGGAGGAUAGAAGGAGAAGAGCUUUCCCUUGAUGCCGCAGAACUUGUUAUCACAAGCACUAAACAGGAAAUUGAAGAGCAAUGGGGACUUUAUGAUGGUUUUGAUGUCAAACUUGAGAAAGUGUUGCGUGCCCGUGCUAGACGUGGGGUCAAUUGCCAUGGUCGAUACAUGCCAAGGAUGGUGGUUAUUCCUCCUGGAAUGGACUUCAGCAAUGUCAUGGUUCCGGAAGAUGACGUUGAUGGGGAACUUGCACAACUUACUAGUGGUUCUGAUGGGUCUUCUCCGAAAGCAAUUCCACCAAUAUGGUCAGAAGUGAUGAAGUUCCUUACAAAUCCCCACAAGCCGUUGAUCUUGGCUUUAUCAAGGCCAGAUCCAAAAAAGAACAUAACCACUCUUUUGAAAGCUUUUGGAGAGUGCCGUCCCUUAAAAGAUCUUGCUAAUCUUACACUCAUAAUGGGGAAUAGGGAUGAUAUAGAUGAGAUGUCUGGUGGAAAUGCUAAUGUGCUUACAACAGUGUUGAAACUGAUUGAUAAGUAUGAUCUCUAUGGGCAAGUGGCUUAUCCAAAGCAUCACAAGCAAUCUGAUGUUCCAGAUAUAUAUCGUCUUGCAGCAAAAACAAAGGGAGUUUUCAUAAAUCCAGCAUUGGUGGAACCUUUUGGGCUAACCUUGAUUGAGGCAGCAGCACAUGGGCUUCCAAUGGUGGCUACCAAAAAUGGUGGACCAGUUGACAUUCAACAGGCCCUGAACAAUGGUUUGCUUGUGGACCCUCAUGAUCAGCAAGAAAUUGCUUCUGCACUGCUUAAAUUGUUGUCAGAGAAGAAUUUAUGGCAGGAAUGCAGAAAGAAUGGUCUGAAAAACAUACACCUUUUUUCAUGGCCUGAACACUGCCGCACUUAUUUGACCAGGGUAGCAGCCUGCCGCAUGAGACACCCACAAUGGCAAACUGAUACCCCUGGGGAUGAAACGGCUGCUGAUGAGUCUUUCAAUGAUUCACUUAAGGAUGUACAAGAUAUGUCCCUUAGGCUUUCAGUUGAUGGAGAAAAAUAUUCACUGAAUGGAUCUCUUGACUUGUCUGCAGCCGCUGGUGACCGGGAGCUGCAAGACCAAGUGAAACGAGUCCUAAGCAAGAUAAGGAAGCCUGAGUCUGACCCAAAAGAUUUUGAAAGCGGGAAUAAGUUGCUCGAGAAUGUGGCAAGCAAGUAUCCCAUGUUGAGGCGGAGACGUAGGUUAAUAGUUAUAGCACUCGACUGCUAUGACAGCCAUGGAGCUCCUGAAGAAAAGAUGAUUCAGAUAGUGCAAGAAAUAAUUAAGGCUGCUCGAUUAGACUCUCAAACAGCAAGGGUCUCCGGCUUUGCUUUAUCGACAGCUAUGCCAGUGUCAGAGACAAUAGAGUUUUUGGCAUCAGGGAAGAUUCAAGUAAAUGAGUUUGAUGCUUUGAUUUGCAGUAGUGGGAGCGAGGUGUACUAUCCUGGUACUUAUACAGAAGAAGAUGGAAAACUCUUCCCAGAUCCAGAUUAUGCAUCACAUAUUGACUAUCGUUGGGGUUGCGAAGGUUUAAAGAAAACCAUUUGGAAGCUGAUGAAUACAUCUGAAGGUGGAGAAAACACUGAUGAGUCUUCCAGCCCCAUUCAGGAGGAUGAAAAAUCAAGCAACGCCCAUUGCAUCUCAUACUUAAUAAAGGAUCCUAGUAAGGCAAAGAAAGUGGACGAUUUGAGGCAGAAGCUUAGGAUGCGGGGACUACGUUGCCAUCCAAUGUACUGCAGGAGCUCAACAAGGCUGCAAACUGUUCCUCUCCUCGCAUCCAGAGCACAGGCACUCAGAUACUUGUUUGUCCGUUGGAGAUUGAAUGUUGCAAACAUGAAUGUGAUCCUUGGCGAAAGUGGAGACACAGAUUACGAGGAAUUGAUAUCUGGGACUCAUAAGACCAUAAUCAUGAGAGACAUGGUAGCUAAGAAUUCAGAAGAGCUGCUUAGAACAUCAGGAAGUUACCAUAGAGACGACAUUGUUCCUGGUGAGAGCCCACUGGUCACCUACUUAAGUGGGAAAGCAACAGUUGAUGAGCUUGCCAAUGCCUUGAACCAGGUCUCUAAAUCUGCUGCUGGAAUGUGAGGUGGUGGUAUAAAUUCUUUUUGUUAAAUAUAAUGUCCAUAUAAUGGCAUGGAAUUAUCUGUACCUUAAACCAUUUUAUGAUGUGGGUUUAUGCCAAAAUGUAGCUAAGUAAUGACACCCAUUGUCACAAGAUGCUAACAUUAUUAUUAGCUAGAAAUGUUUCUAGUGCCCAAUAAUAUUUCUCCCCAGAAUUUCUGUAUAUUUUAUUUGGAAAUAACAUCUCUAGAAAUUACAGAUUGGAAAUUGCAUUGCACCAUUUAUAUACAAGCUC